CUGGGAUACAGGUUACAACGUAGUGGAGGGUUGGGUGUCUGAACUUCAGUGAACGAGGCUGUGUAGUUGGGUAUGCCAGGCUGCCUAAUCCCGAAGAAAAAGCCUUUCGGUUCGGGGGAAGCAAUCGGACUCCAGGAGUAAGACGGCUUUCUCUUACCGGGAGGAGGGUGGCAUAGUCCGGGCCAGCUGUUGGGACAGUGAUCACAGAAGGAGGGGAGAGCAACACACGGAAAAGGCGAGGAGUAGCUACCAGCUGCCGGCAUGGCCAGGGACUACGAUUACCUCUUCAAGCUUCUUAUCAUCGGCGACAGUGGUGUUGGAAAAAGUAGUUUGCUACUGCGCUUUGCAGACAACACAUUUUCAGGUAGCUACAUCACCACGAUUGGGGUUGACUUCAAGAUCCGGACCGUUGAGAUUAACGGGGAGAAAGUGAAGCUGCAGAUUUGGGACACGGCCGGACAGGAGAGAUUCCGCACCAUCACCUCAACGUAUUACCGAGGCACUCACGGUGUGAUCGUGGUGUAUGAUGUCACCAGCGCGGAGUCCUUCGUUAACGUGAAGCGCUGGCUCCACGAGAUCAACCAGAACUGCGACGACGUGUGCCGAAUAUUAGUGGGGAACAAGAACGACGACCCGGGUUCGAAAGUGGUGGAGACCAACGACGCGCAGAAGUUCGCCGAGCAGAUGGGAAUCAGCCUGUUCGAGACCAGCGCCAAGGAGAACAUCAACGUGGAGGAUAUGUUUAACUGUAUCACGGAGCUGGUCCUGAAGUUGCGGAAGGAGGUGGUGGCCAAACAGCAGCAGCAGCAUCAGGGCGACGUGGUUAAGCUGAACAAGAACAGCAAACGAAAGAAGAAGUGCUGCUAGCGAACGAACGCGCCGCAGACGAACGUCGCAUGGACCGCGGGCGGGGGGGCGCCGACUGAACCAAUCGAAAACGACCGCGAAACGUGCACAACGGGACUCCAGCUGACUCGGGGAAACUCAUAAAAGCGUCAUGCAGAAACGGUGGAGUGAGGUCUGUUUCGGACAUGUGCAGAUUUUAUCGGAUGUGGGAGGAGUUUUAUUUGUUCGGUAGGCUGGUCCUUUUCUGUGACGGAAGGGAUCAGGACCCUGACUGCCAGCAUAAAGCUCAGAUUCAUAGAAAUAUAUAAAUAUAUAUAUAUUUUCAAUCUUUGAAGACUCCAUCUCAUUCCACGUGACUCUGGACAUUGAUGAGUCGGGUGAAUAUGGACGCCCCUUUUUCCAGUUUUUUUGUUGUUGCGGGGGGAGCACACCGACAUCCUUCAGAUCAUGAACUUUUGCUUUUUUUUAUUCAAUCCGAACGAUUGUUGAUUAUAAUACAAAACAAAAAAAAAAAAAGAUGAAUUGAGAAUUUUAGCCAGUGAGUCUGUCGAUGUGGCCAGGUGGCCGGCUCCAUGUCUUACCUGUCGAUCCCACAAGGACUCCAGCGGGUAAGAACUGCCGCGCGUUUUAUCGUCAGUGUACCGUCAUCGCCUGUACAUCGCAUCCAGCGCAGCCAGCGCCGGAAUCUGGGGGGUUUGCUGUUCCCGUUGCCGUGGAAACGGCGCUCGCCGGUCCCGUCGGCACGGAAACGGAGCUCGCCGGUUCCACCGGUCGCACGUGGAGGAAAGGAUGGGAGAAAAAGGGUUUUUAAAAAAAAAAAAAA